CGUCACAUUCUUCUUGCCUUUUAAACAGCAAGUUGUCAUGUGUGAGGAUCAGAGCAUCGUAGUGAGCCGACUGCAGAGCUGCUGCCAACAUGGCUUCACUCAAGUUCAUCCUGCUGACCUGUGUGGUCCUUGGACUCUUCGUUUUAGUUGCCUCAGACGACUCAGAUGAAGAUGACAAAGACCUGAAAGAAGAAGAUGACAGCAAAGAAAACACGACAAAAGAUCCACCUCCCAGCAUCAGCGAACCUGCAAACCCUGUAACCACCACACAAUCUGAAGUACCAACGGACACUGUACCCACCACACAAUCUGAAGUACCAACGGACACAGUACCCACCACACAAUCUGAAGUACCAACGAACACUGUACCCACCACACAAUCUGAAGUACCAACUGACACUGUACCCACCACACAAUCUGAAGUACCAACUGACACUGUACCCACCACACAAUCUGAAGUACCAACGGACACAGUACCCACCACACAAUCUGAAGUACCAACUGACACAGUACCCACCACACAAUCUGAAGUACCAACGGACACUGUACCCACCACACAAUCUGAAGUACCAACUGACACUGUACCCACCACACAAUCUGAAGUACCAACUGACACAGUACCCACCACACAAUCUGAAGUACCAACUGACACUGUACCCACCACACAAUCUGAAGUACCAACGGACACUGUACCCACCACACAAUCUGAAGUACCAACUGACACAGUACCCACCACACAAUCUGAAGUACCAACUGACACAGUACCCACCACACAAUCUGAAGUACCAACUGACACAGUACCCACCACACAAUCUGAAGUACCAACUGACACAGUACCCACCACACAAUCUGAAGUACCAACUGACACAGUACCCACCACACAAUCUGAAGUACCAACCGACACAGUACCCACCACACAAUCUGAAGUACCAACUGACACUGUACCCAUCACACAAUCUGAAGUACCAACUGACACAGUACCCACCACACAAUCUGAAGUACCAACUGACACUGUACCCACCACACAAUCUGAAGUACCAACUGACACUGUACCCAGCACACAAUCUGAAGUACCAACUGACACUGUGCUUCCCUUGUAAAUUGAAAACUGUUGCAAACGUCUUGGUGAAAUGAGAAGAUGGACAGGACACUGUCACGGCCUGUGUCACAGAUGUUAAGAUGUUUCACUCAUAACUACACUAUUAUGUCAACUAAUGCGAAUUUCACCAUUGUGGGACAUUCUGCGACUUCUUAUCUUAUCUUAUCUUAUCUUAUCUUAUCUCAUCUUAUCGUAUCUUAUCUUAUGUUGACCUCAUACUCAUGAGGUCAUACAGUAAACAUUAAUUUUUGUGAUGGAAGUUUUCACUGAGGUCUCAAAUAAAUCAUAAAUAAAGA